UUGGUCAUUGUUGUUGUUUCGUAAUCCGUGGCCCGAAUCUUUGGAAAGCGUUUGCUGUCGAUUUGGCUCUUGGUUGUGCGUUUUGGCCGCCGCCAGUGGUUUUUGGCGAUGAUCGGUGGUAGGUAGUGUUCCGUGCGAGUUGUCGCAAGCUAGCAAUGGAUGACUAAUAACCCAUCAGCGCAGUGUCACGGUACCAACCAGAGGAGCUACAGGUGCAAUGUCCUCCCAGGUGAGGGGCAGGGGCAACCUACCUGUCGCUCGCACACUGGCCACAACAGUCAGUGUGAGUCAGUCCGCGAUUGUGUUGAGACGUUUUCCUAUUCUAGGAAAUGUGGUGAGUGUCGUGGUGUGGCAGCUGCAGGACGGCUUCGACGACGACUCCAAUCUCUUCGCGUCAGUUGGACGCUGCGGCAUUCUUGUGCCUGGCCGUCUAACGGGACUCCCAGGUUUAGCAACAACUUAUAAUUGGACUGUGUGCGACCUUUUCCCAAUCGGAAGCGACAAUUAAGUCCAUCACGGUUUGAAAAAUUCAUAUUUAUAGUCGCUGUUUAUUGCAGUCACUUCGCUUAUCUUUUUAUUAGUGUAAUAAUUUACUUCCUGAGUCAUGAGAUAAAAAAUAAGAACCCAAUCAAAGAUUCCACCGUUCUAUUUACACUCUUCAAAGACUCAAAGGAACGCCAAAAGUGAUAAUAAUAAAACUCUUAGCCACUGUAACGACUGUUGUCGCAAGUGAUUAGCUCAUGGUCAGCGUCCGUCCUACUCUAGCAUCGAUGUUCCCAGAGCAGGAAGUGUUUCUGGACUUUUGAGCGCCUGAAAGCUCAAUCUUCGGGUGUUUGGCGGGUGUUUAUCUUUGUUCCAGAUAGUGUUGAAUCCGUUCCACGCAUUUCAGUUCUUGGCAAUGGCCGUGUAAGAUGCAGCCGUUCCGCUUCAGUCGACGAGCGUCCGGGAAACGCGCUCAGAGUUGUCAGUCCGUAACACGACGCCCCCCGAUGACCCCGCGCCUGUUCCGCUCCGGUGGCGUCCGGGCCCGCAUGACCAUCUCAUUAUCCCACCAGGUACGAAAAGGUACGCCACUGCGACCGGAAAACAUGGAACAGCACUGUUUCGUGAUUGCCGCUCCGACUCCGGGACACAGAUGUGAUGUCUCCAUUUUGAACGAACGCAAUUCGAGCACGGAAAAAUGCAUUCCAAGGCGGCGCGGGAAAAACCGACCGGAAGGCAAAUAAACGACAGGAAUGGGUUUUAUUUUGCGAGCUAGGCCUGUUUGGAGAACUGUAAUGUGGACAGGAGUUGAGCAAAGACACCAUUUACGGAUGGAACUAGAUGGGAAAUUUAAUAUUCGCCGAGUGGUCAUCCUAAGGCUUCGGGCGACGAGUUUGCUCCUCGUAUUAACUUGUUACGUGACGUUUUUUCAGAUUUCCAAAAAAUGUACUUUUGGUAAAUAUUUUAAUUCACAAAGUGAGAUCAUUAAAAAUACAUUUUGAACGUGUUUUUUAUAAUUACCAAUUUUGUCAUUACAAACCUAAUUCACGGUCAUGAGCGUUUUAAUUUUUUACAAUAUUUAUUUCGAAAAUAAUAUUUUUCUACACUACUUUUUAUACAUUUGAUUUGUAUAAAUUUUUUUACGAUCCUUGAAUAGGUGGUACAUUUUUUA